AUGGGCGGCAGCAUUCGUCGGGGUUUGAAAGGCAGCAGCGGGGGAAGAAGCGGGGGAAGCAGUGGGGGAAGCAGUGGGGGAAGCAGUGGGGGAAGCAGUGGGGGAAGUAGUGGGGGAAGCAGUGGGGGAAGCAGCAAGACGAGGGAGAGGGCCAAGGCGCAUCGACCGGACCCGUCAUCGCCGCACGUUAAGGCGUACGCGCAGCAUUUGAGGUCCACACACGAGGAGACGCUAGCAGACAUCGGACUAAGCGGCUCGGACUUAGUCUAUAGCUACCACUAUGUCGCCAACGCGUUCGCGGUGCGCCUUACGUCCGACCAGAUCGUCGGGGCGCGGUACUAUAUGGACGGGUUUUUACAAGAGUACGGCGCGGGCGCGUUGGCGAAGGGGGAGUACCGGUCGCCGCGCGACGCCAUGGGACACGGCACGUUCUGCUCCGGCGUCGCAGCAGGGAAUGCGGGAGUGAAGGUGAACUAUGCAACUCUCGGGUCGCUCAGCGGCGUGGCGCCUCGCGCGCGCAUCGCAGUGUACAAAGUGAUUUGGGGCGGCAUGAGCAGCCUUGCUGACGUCAUGGCUGCUGUCGAAGACGCUGUGAAGGACGGGGUUGAUGUGUUGUCGCUCGCGGUUGGCGGCACGGACGACAAUUAUUUCAACUCCAUCUUUUUGUUACGCGCGGUUCAGGCGGGUGUGCUGGUGGUGGCGCCAGCAGGCAACAACGGACCUCCCCCAACGCCCACCUAUUGGCGCACUCUAACGAAUGUCGCUCCCUAUAUACUCACAGUCGGGGCAAGGAUGGAAAAGGUGGACGGGCGGGGAAAGAGGGGAGGGGGGGAGGAGGGAAGGAUGGGAGUGGAGGAGGUGGGGAAGAGGGAAGUAGAGGUGCCACGGAUCGCGAGUGCAGCGCCACCCUCUCACGCUCGGCAACAGCACUGUGCUCUUCGGGCUUACCUACACCACACUUCUCAGCUCCUUCCCUCUCCCCCCCCCCCUCCUACCCCCCUUUCCAGUGCCACGGAUCGCGAGUGGAGCGCCACGCUCACCCUCGGCAACGGCACCGUGCUCUUCGUUCUCACCCAAACCACUCUCCUCCCACUACCCAUCCCCGCCUUCCCCCCUGCCCCCCAUUCCAGUGCCAUGGAUCGCGAGUGGAGUGCUACCCUUACACUCGGCAACGGCACGGUGCUCUUCGUUCUCACCCAAACCACUCUCCUCCCACUACCCAUCCCCCCCUUCCCCCCUGCCCCCCAUUCCAGUGCCAUGGAUCGCGAGUGGAGUGCUACCCUUACACUCGGCAACGGCACGGUGCUCUUCGGCCUCACCCAGACCACUCUUCUCCCCCACCCUCCACAAUCCCCUUCUCCGCCCUUCCCCCUUCCUCCCCUCAGUGCCACGGAUCGCGAGUGGAGCGCCACGCUCACCCUCGGCAACGGCACCGUGCUCUUCGGCCUCACCCAGACGGGCGGCGACGGCGUGCUAACCGCCAACCUCCCCCUUAUCGACUCGGAAGAGGCCCAUGCACCAGGCGCCGCCCUUUGGGAGGCGCGGCAGUGCCGCCCGGGGAAGAUUGACGCCGAGAAAGUGGGCGGCGGGCUGGUUGUGUGUUUCAUUGGUGGGAUCAGUCCGGAGAGGAGGGCGAGGACGGUUCAGGACGCGGGGGCGCGAGGCAUGCGAGUCCCACCGCUACUCUCUCUCAUCUCGUUUUGGAGCAGCCGAGAAAAGUCCGAUCGCCGAUAA